AAUUUGGGCUUUCCCGUAGAAAACUCAGUCCACGCUUUUGGGCUUUCCCUUUGCCCCUACUCGUCUUCCCCACCGAAGCAGGGUGAUGCGGAGGGCGUCGCCUUCGCUGUCUCCGGCGAGGGGCCCGGCGGUCUUCGCCGCCGCGGUCGUGGUGUUUCUGCCGGUCUUAUUCCCCGGGUUGUUCUCCCCUCUUGGCCACGCUUUCCCUUCUGUCUUCUCGGAGUGGAAUGCCCCUAAGCCAAUGCAUCCUUCUCUUUUGAAUGAGGCCUUGCGAUGGACAGCUACAGACGGACAAAAGAAAGAUCUAUGGUCACCCUUGCCAUAUCAGGGGUGGAAACCAUGCUUAACGCCAUCAGUUUCUCACAAAUUACCUCUGGAACCAAGUGGAUACAUCCAAGUAUUUCUUGAUGGUGGAUUGAACCAACAAAGAAUGGGGAUAUGUGAUGCCAUUGCAGUUGCAAAGAUUCUUAAUGCUACUCUUGUGAUCCCACAUCUUGAAGUAAACCCUGUUUGGAAGGAUUCAAGCUCAUUUGAAGAAAUUUUUGAUGUGGAUCACUUUAUCAACUCCCUAAAAGAUGAAGUUUCCAUUAUCAAAGUGCUUCCAAAAGAAUUUUCUUGGAGCACAAGAGAGUACUAUGGCACAGGCAUCCGUGCUACAAGAAUAAAAACUGCACCUCUUCAUGCCUCAGCAAAUUGGUAUUUGGAGAAUGUCAGUCCUAUCCUGCAAAGCUAUGGGAUUGUUGCGAUCGCUCCCUUUUCUCACCGCCUUGCAUUUGAUGAUUUGCCUGUGGAUCUUCAACGCUUGCGUUGUAAAGUUAACUUCCAAGCUCUGGUCUUCCGUUCUCACAUUAUCUCACUUGGAGAAACACUUGUGAAGCGCUUGAGGUCUCCGGUCCGGGUUCAUUCCAGUAAAUCUAUCCAUCAAGUUGUAGGAGACACAAAUCAAGCUGAAAAAUAUGCAGUUUUGCAUCUCCGUUUUGAUAAGGAUAUGGCUGCACAUUCUGCAUGUGACUUUGGAGGUGGCAGAGCUGAACAGCUAGCUCUUGCUAAGUACAGGCAAGUUAUAUGGCAAGGAAGGGUAUUAAAUUCACAGCUAACUGAUGAGGAGCUUCGGAACACAGGACGCUGCCCAUUGACCCCAGAAGAGAUUGGGCUGUUACUGGUAGCCCUUGGCUUUGACAACAGAACUCGACUCUAUCUUGCAUCUCACAAGGUAUAUGGUGGAGAAGCCAGGAUCUCUAGCUUGCGCAAACUAUUUCCGUUGAUGGAGGACAAGAGGAGCCUUGCAUCUGAAGAUGAACUUGCUAAUGUUGAAGGGAAGGCUUCUGUUCUAGCAGCUCUUGACUAUUAUAUCAGCAUGCAUAGCGACAUUUUCAUAUCUGCAUCUCCUGGAAACAUGCACAAUGCUUUGGUGGCUCACCGAAGCUAUGAGAACUUGAAGACCAUAAGGCCAAACAUGGCACUGCUUGGGCGCACCUUUGCGAAUAAGAGCAUGGAGUGGCCAGAGUUUCAGCAGGUUGUACAGGCAGGACACAAAGGAAGAUACGGGCAAAUCCGGUUGAGAAAGGCAACGCAAUCCAUCUACACUUAUCCUGCACCUGACUGUAUGUGCCAAGGAUAGGCUACUGGUUUCAAAAUUUCAGAAAACCAAUCGGUUCUGCAGCAAAUGAAGGUCGAGGAUCGCCGUCUCAAAUGUUGCAUUGCGGUUAGUACAUUCCAGCUGCCACUAGAUAUGCAAGUUUGAUUUUUUUGGGACAGCUGCUAUGUACUGGAUCUCCUCUCUCUCUCUCUCUCUCUCUCUCUCUCUCUCUUCACAAUACAGUUUGGUGCAGAUGCAGUUUAUAGAUAUUCUCAUAUUCGUGGUUGUGACGGGUGUUAAGAUAUCACACUUGCCAUUAACACUUUGCGCUCUUCAGCUUCUACAUCUAUUUUAAUGCAUCAUGUAUUCUUCAGU